UUACAAUUUACAUAUACAGGAAGGCUGGGAAAGCACGGGGAGUUGGUGUUUGAUGGAAUAUUCAACUGCUUUAACGAGAUCGCGGCAGUCCUUUCUUUCACCAGCAGCGGCAGUAGCAGGAUGAAUUACCACGUCGAAACUGUUUCCAGACUCGCUCAAUGGCGUAUUAUUGAUCAUCAUCUCGGCUCCACUUGUUACAGAAAAUCCGACCCUUUUCAAAUUGGAAGCUGGAACUGGUACUUAAUCCUGGAAAAGAACCGAAACUUGGUUAUUAAACUCUUGCCGGAAAUACCCAAGUUAGCCUCUCCUCCGGUUGCUUCCUUCAACAUUCGGCUAGUCUCAUUCCUGGGCGGUCGCAACACUUUGGUUCAUCCAGAAAUCAGGGAUAAGCCGCUCAAAAGUGGUGAGGGUUUUGUUUGGGCGCUUGAGGUUCCAUUGCAGGGGAGAUUUAUCAUCGACGUCGAGUUUCUUGAUUUGAAGAUUACAGCUCCAAAUGGUGGCGAGUCUCGUUCCAUGAUCUGGAGUGAAGGCCUGACACAGGACACCAAUUCAACAGCACUCUUCUCUCUGGGUAGAAUGCUAUCAGAAAGUAUCCACACAGAUAUUAUCAUAUGUGCUUCAGAUGGAAGCGUUGGGGCCCACCGAGCAGUUCUUGCAGCCCGUUCACCAGUCUUCCGGAGCAUGUUCUCCCAUGACCUCAAAGAGAAAGAAAUGUCUGCCAUAAACAUCUCAGACAUGCCCAUUGAAGCAUGUCAAGCUUUUCUCGACUACAUAUACUCUAACAUAAACCAUAAAGAUUUUCUCAAGCACAGAAUUAAUCUUCUCCAAGCUGCUGACAAGUAUGACAUUUCAGAUCUUAAAGAUGCUUGCCAAGAAAGUUUAUUACAAGACAUUGACACGAAGAAUGUGUUGGAGAGGCUGCAAGGUGCUUUUUUGUAUAGAUUGCCAAGGUUGAAGGUCUGUUGCAUUCAGUAUCUUGUGAAGUUUGGUAAGAUUUAUGACAUUAGACAAGAAUUCGAUGUAUUUAUACAAACUGCUGAUAGGGAAUUGAUAGGCGAAGUCGUCAAUGAGAUUCUUUCUCAUUGGAAAGGUUUCUGAAAAGUUAAUUACUCCAUAUUUGUUUUAUCUACUGAUUUCAUGGAAUGGGUAUGCUACAAGAUUCAAACUUUGUGUUGUUUCUUGUCAUGA